AUGCCCAUGGAAAGUGAGGGUCAACUGAAGGGAAGUUGUACUCACUCCGAUCACCUGGUCAAGAAGCACAAAAUUGAGGGUACAUUGUUCCUCAACGACUCACCAUUCCAACUCGAACGUAUUCAGGCCUUGAUGAGAGACGUCGGAAGUUCAUCUGUUCCGCAAAUUACGGAUAUACUCAAGGACGAGAAGAACUUUCCAUGCGCCAUCAACAGAUCGGUCGGAGAAAAGAGCACAAGCCAGACCUUGUUCUCGAUCGUGAUGGACUUGAAGCGAGGUUUUGCGAAGGUCAAGAUGGGUCGGCCGACUGAAAGGGGCGAGGCUUUCGAGCUGAGGCCAUAG